AUGGAAGCAAGCUGCAUACAGAAGUGCAUAGGCUUUUUGGAGGCGGAAGACAGAAACAGAAACCGAAAGUACGUGCAGGAAAUAAAAAAGGCAAUAGAAGAGAACAGAAGGUCUAUUCCAAUCGAGUACUCGGACAUAUUUAGCUAUGACCAGGAGCUGGCCAUAGAGGUGAAGAAGAGCUUUCCCAGCGUGGAAAAGGACUUGGCCAAGGCAAUCGAAAUGGUCACAACCAAGUACUGCCCAGAGUUUAAAAAGAAAGGAAUAAACACGCGGCAGGAAGACUUUAUCCCCUGCAUAUACGGCCUGGACGUGCUCUACUCUGUGCGGGACCUCAAGACCAGCUUGAUUGGGCAGCUGAUUUCGUUUUCGGGCAUAGUCACGCGCUCGUCGCAGUCAAAGCCCGAGCUGAUAGAAGGCUCUUUUGAGUGUGCGGAGUGCAAAGCAAUAAUACGGGGCAUCCACCAGGAAAGAACGUUUAGGCAGCCGCUGGCAUGCAUAAACCCCAUUUGCAUGAACAGGACAAAGUUUAAGCUGUCGGUUGACGAGUCUGUUUUCAGCGACUACCAGAAAAUUCGGGUGCAGGAGCCUGUUGGAGACACAGGAGACGCACAUGCAAUACCCCGAACGAUUGAGGUUCUGCUAAGAAACGACUUGGUGGAGAUCGCCAAGCCUGGAGACUGCGCCGUGAUAACAGGGUACUUAAUGGCGGUCUCGUGCACGCGAGACGUGCUGGGGCACAGCAACACAACGAAAGUGGGGCUGACAAAGGCCCCCGAAGCGGAGGCUGUUCGCGGGCGAAGCGCACAGGGAAAGAGCAUAAACCACGAGCUGGUGUUUGCAGGAAUCUCCGUGGCAAAAAAGCAGUACGACCCCUACACGUCGCUGCUGGAGAGCAACCCGGGCACAGAGAGUGUAACAGCUCUGAAUAAGAUGAAGGUGGAUGCAAUGAGGCAGGCCCCAAACCUGCUUUCUAAGCUGGCAAACAGCCUUUUCCCUUCUGUGUGCGGACACGAAAACAUAAAAACCGCAAUUCUUCUCAUGCUGGUGGGCGGCACGUCCAAAAAAACCCCCGAGGGCAUUCCCCUGCGAGGAGACAUAAACAUCCUUCUGGUGGGCGACCCGGGAACGUCAAAGUCGCAGUUUUUGAAGCAAACAAGCACGCUCGUGGAGAGAGGGGUGUACACUUCUGGAAAGGGGUCAAGCGCUGCAGGGCUGACAGCCAGCGUGAUCCGAGAUGAGACAGGGGAGUUCAGCAUAGAGGCCGGCGCCCUUAUGCUUAGCGACAGCGGAGUGUGCUGCAUUGAUGAGUUUGACAAGAUGGACGAAAGAGACAGGGUUGCUAUCCAUGAGGCCAUGGAGCAGCAAAGCAUCACAAUAGCAAAGGGAGGCAUACAUGCAACGCUCAGCGCGCGCACGAGCAUACUUGCUGCUGCAAACCCCGUCCGGGGAAGGUACGAUCUGAGAAAGACCCUUAGGCAAAACGUGCGGCUGUCCCCGCCCAUUAUGUCUAGAUUUGACCUGUUUUUUAUUCUGGUCGACAGCAUAAGCGCAGAGCACGACCAGAUCAUAUCGAGCCACAUACUCAAAAACCACAUGGCGCACAACGGGGUUGCGGUUCACCAGGAAACCGCAUUCACGGUGGAGGACGUGAAAGUGUUUAUUCAAACCGUGAAAACGCGCACGCCGGCCAUUUCCAAAAAGGCAGGGGAGGCCAUUGUGGAGAAGUACAUGGAGAUCAGAAAGAACACGGGAGUGCACUCGUUCACCGCAACCCCCAGACAGCUGGAAAGCAUCAUCAGGCUCAGCGAGGCUGUUGCAAAGAUAUUUGGGCUCGAAGAGGUCACCACAGAGUGUGUGGAGCAGGCAUACAUGCUCCUUUCCGGGUCGAUUAUGAACGUGCUGACGGACGACGUCAAGCUGUCGGUGGCGGACGUGGUUGGCGAGAAAGUCCUUACCAUUUCGUAUGACGAGUACAUAAAAAUCACGUCCUCGCUCGUGAAAAUAGUGCAGUCGUACGCAGGCCACAGAAGCGUGGGGAAGGAGGAUCUGAUAAAAGAGUACAUCGAGGAAAACGAAAACGAGCUUACAACCGAGGAAGAGUACGUGUGCAUGCAAGAGAAAAUUUCUGGGCUCAUUGACCAGCUGAUAUAUAAAGAGGGAAUCUUCUACCAGCAGAGCGAAGACGCAGGAAUACUCCUGCACCCGAACUACAACACGUUCUAA